AUGAAUGUAAGUUACAACAGCACAAAUGGUAGCCUUCAUCGGAACUACGAUGGGCCAGAAACUGAAGGCUCUCUGGUCACAUGCAUCAUUCCAGGAUUGCAGCAGAGUGGCCUGGACAACAACUCUUUCCUCAACAAGAACAUCAGUGUGACACACUUGUACAAUGGCACUGUCACACCCACUGUGCUGUACGAUCCUCUGGGGGGACAUAAUAUCUGGCAGGUAGUUCUCAUUGUCUUCUUCACUGGCCUCUUGUCCUUGGUCACCAUCAUCGGGAACAUCCUGGUACUGGUGUCUUUCAAGGUGAACAAGCAGCUGAAGACUGUGAACAACUAUUUCCUGCUCAGUCUUGCGUUUGCCGAUCUGAUCAUCGGUGUCAGUUCGAUGAAUCUCUACACAACCUACAUAAUAAUGGACCAGUGGGCUUUGGGAAACUGGGCCUGCGACCUGUGGCUUGCCAUCGACUAUGUAGCUAGCAAUGCCUCCGUCAUGAACCUGUUGGUUAUCAGCUUCGAUAGGUACUUCUCGAUCACCAGACCACUAACAUACAGAGCUAAAAGAACAACUAAGAGAGCUGGGAUUAUGAUAGGUCUGGCAUGGCUCAUAUCCUUUGUGCUCUGGGCUCCUGCCAUUUUGUUCUGGCAGUACUUUGUGGGUGAGCGCACUGUGCCUCCUGAUAAGUGCUACAUACAGUUCUUAACGGAGCCCAUCAUCACCUUCUGCACGGCCAUCGCUGCCUUCUACCUGCCCGUCACCAUCAUGACUGUGCUUUACUGGAGGAUCUACAAGGAAACCGAGAAUCGCUCCAGGGAGCUGGCAGGCCUACAGGCGUCAGGCAGCAGGGCAGAGAGGGCCCGUUUCAUCCGCCAGUCUGGGAGCUCUCGAAGUUGUGGGAGCUUUGAGACAAACCAGCCGGCUCCUGGAAAGAGGGCAGGAAGGGGAGGAGAAAGCCGCUUUCGCUUCUGGUCAGUCAUCAAGUCUUGGGGACAAGGCUGUGAGGGAGAACCCGAGCACAGCAUCAGUGACAGCUGGAAUAACAAUGAGGCUGGUGCCUCCGUUGAGCAUUCAGGCUCGUCCGAUGAAGAUGAGCUGCCCGAGAGCCGUGCCAUCUUCUCCAUUGUCCUCGGGCUUCCCGGCUUGCAGGCAGCCGCUGCCUCCCAGCUUGUCUCUGUUGAAGGCCUGGAGCAGGAUAGCGGGGAGGACACGGGGUCGCUGGGGGGUACGAGCAAGGCAGAGAACCACAGCUACCACCAGUGCUUCUCCAAGAUGCCCACACUGUCCAUGUCAGCUCUGGGGAGUGCCAGCAGAGGCGCCAUAGCCACCAAGUCCCCAUCAGCACCCAUAUCACUCAAAGAUGCCGCCCUGGCCAAGCGCUUUGCCACCAAGGCAAGGAAUCAGAUGACCAAGCGCAAGAGGAUGUCACUUGUCAAGGAGAAGAAGGCAGCGCAAACCCUGAGUGCCAUCCUGUUUGCCUUCAUAAUCACAUGGACGCCCUACAACAUCAUGGUGCUUGUGAACACGUUCUGUAACGACUGCAUUCCCCAGACACUGUGGGCCCUGGGCUACUGGCUCUGCUACGUGAACAGCACAGUGAACCCCAUGUGCUAUGCCCUGUGCAACAAGACCUUCCGUAACACCUUCAAAAUGAUCCUGCUCUGCCAGUGGGACAAGAGGAGUCGGAGCAGACAGCACUUUCAACAGAGGCAGGCUGUGGUUUUCCACCGAAGGAUAACCAGAGACAAUUUAUAACAUGCCUGUUUCACAUUAAGGUCAUGUAUCCUUGCAGUCAUCGCCGACCUCUCAUCAUGUGCCAGAGGUAGCUGUUGUUGGGUAAAGUCCGGAUCUCAGACUGUUGUUGUGUUGCGUUGCCUUUUAACUCAGUG